AAUACGCCGAGCUUUGCAGUUUCAGAACUCUUCCUUUCAUCCUCAAAUCUUCCGACAUUCCCCUCCUCCUACGGUCCGUCAGAAAGCCCUCAACUUUCCCUCAGAAUUCCAUUCCUUUUUCCCUCUACGGCUCACCCAUGAACAUGCUCAAGAACCUGCGCUUCGGCUCCCCAAAAUCUGCCCCGCCUGCGGAGAAUUCCGCCACCGCUCAGGGCUCCGAUGAUGAUGUUCCUGCCUCAGGUCAGCAGUUCGCCCAGUUCGGUGCGGGGUGCUUCUGGAGCGUCGAGUUGGCGUUUCAAAGGGUCCCUGGCGUGACCAAGACUGAGGUCGGGUACAGUCAGGGGUUUAUGAAUAAUCCCACCUACCAGGACAUUUGUUCGGGGAAUACCAACCACAGUGAGGUGGUGAGGGUGCAGUAUGAUCUCAAGGAGUGUACCUAUGAGACCUUGCUUGAUGUGUUCUGGACUAAGCAUGAUCCUACCACCGUCAAUCGCCAGGGUAAUGAUGUGGGAACACAAUACAGAUCUGGAAUAUACUAUUACACUCCUGAGCAGGAGAAGGCAGCACAGGAAUCCUUAGAGAAACAGCAGAAGCUCUUAAACAGGGAGAUUGUUACAGAGAUUCUGCCUGCUAAGAAGUUCUAUAGAGCAGAAGAAUACCACCAGCAGUAUCUUGAGAAAGGUGGUCGUUUUGGUUUUAAGCAAUCUGCUGAGAAAGGGUGCAAUGAUCCAAUCCGUUGCUAUGGCUAAGUUGUCCACUGUCUUAACAAGUGUUAUGAAAUUAUGAUCUGUUUAUAGUAUUGUGCUUUUUCUUUUUUUUCCUGCUACUGGCAUAUUGUGCACUUUUGCUCAUAUGAUUGAUAACAAUGCCUGAUUGAUGUGGUUUCUGGGCAUGUAUAUUUAAUUUGCUUGUUGAGUCUUGGCAUCCAUCUUUUGUAUAUCUACUUAGAAGUCCAUAUAAAACAGUCUAGUCAACAAUUAUGGAUUAUGUUUGUUAGCAUGUAUCAAAAUUAAAUCCAAUAUGGUUGUCUGGAGCCAAUCGAAGUAGAAUGAAGUCAUAUUCUGCAUCUCCACCCCAAACCCAAAGUUUGAUACCAUUGGAAACUAUUUGGAACUUUGUAGAUUUUGAAUGUGAUGUUUAUGGAUUAUUUUUGUUGACUGUUAUCUUCACUUUUUGGAUCAUUGCACGAGCAACGUUUUUUCCAUUUAUUCUCUCAGAAACUUUGAAGGAAACUCUCACAUCACAUGUUCUCGGGCCAAGUUUCGCAAUUUUUCUAAUGUAAUUAUCUGCAAUAUCAGCGUUAGCAACUGUCAAGCACACACAUAUGGAAAUGGAUAGAUCAUGGAGAGAUUUGUUGGGACUUGGGAUGCAGAUUAGA